GAGAAAUAAUCCACAAUAAUCCAGGAACCAUCAACGUCCACGCAUGCACGAAGAACGCGGCGCGCACGAAUUGCAAAAAUAAAAACAACAACAAUAAACAGCGCAUCGAAUGAACGCUUGCGCCGUGCAGAAACUAUAAUUAAGGAAUUUGAAAUAGAAAAAACAAAACGAAAUAAUUAUUUAUUGUGGAUUAAAAAAGUAACGAAUAUUGGAAUAAAACAAAUCGAAAAAUAAGUGAAUAGUGAGAAAACGUGAACAUAAAAAAGGGAAAAUAUUUUCUUUCGAUUGUAAUUGACGGUUGAAAAUAAUUUUUUUGAAACGAAAUGAAAACAAAAAUGGUGUGAGAAACAACAAUAACAAAUAAACAAAACCGAAUGGAAAAUGUUAACAUCAAUUUGAAAUAAACAAAUUAUGUGAAGAAAUUGUUGUAAAUUUGUUGUUAAAGAAUAAAAGGAAUGAAAGCAAAGGCUGUUGGAAAUAAUUAAAGGAAAGAGAGUAGAGUACUGUGAACCACCGACCAAAGUGUGGAUUAGGCCGUUGUUUGUGUGCGACAGAGAGAGGGAAAGAGAGAGAGAGAGCGUGAGUGAUCAAUUUGUGCGAGAGAGGUGGCAAGGAGAACAAGAGUGACAUCGAGCACAAGAAAACCUGAAACCUGAAGAAUUGACCAUAAUUUCGAAAAAGUGGUUUAUAUUGUGCGCCGUCUUUUUGUUGUCGUCGUGUCGAAGAAUCUUUUGCGCUGUGCUCUUUGCUUACAACAAAAAAUAAUUGUCUUUAUUUUGUACUACAAUACAAUUUUGUUUGCCCGAGCGGCGGUGUGCGGAGUGUGAGAAAAAAAAUUACACAAAUUAAAGUGAACAGAAAAAAACAACAACCAGAAGAAAAAUAUAACUGCGACAAAGAAAACUUAAGAUAUGUGGCUAGCGACCACUUUUAAGGAACGACUUAAAGUCGUUUGAAAAUUUUCUGAUGUGAAUUGAAUGAAGGAAAAAAAUCUAGGAAUUGUGAAAAUACAAGGAUUGGCGAAACAUUUCCCACGGAACGGAAACAAAUAUGCUAAGAAAUUAAAGAAAUUGUGAAAAUAAAAAAAGAAAAACAAAGUGAAAAAAUAACCCAUUCGAAAAAGUUCCUUUUGUCCACAGCCAAUUUAGAAAAGAUAAACGCAGAAAUAAAAAUUGCAACAACGAAAAGGAAAAAAAUCAUUAAACUAACCUCAGCGUUCGAUCGUGGGUUAGUUUAAAGAUUCCAUUGGAUACAGAGCGGCGGCCUGCUACUCCUGUCUUGUUUCUUUUUUUCUUCUUUCACUCUACACCCAAGCAGCCACAAAACUGGAUUAUAAUGUGGCUACUGGUUAAAAACCACACCUUUGCAAAGUCUGAUAUAUUUUGGAUAAAAUAUUUAACAUUAUGGUGCCUGCUGAUACCCUCCCUGCUAAUACAAGGAAUUGCCGAAGCGGGUUCAUCAUGCCUGACGGAGGGCUGCCGAAACGGCGGGACAUGUAUAACGCAUAAAAAUGGUGUUUCAACUUGCAAUUGUAAUUCAAAAUAUGUCGGUGACUUUUGUGAAUAUCAAAAUCCUUGUCUGACGGGACCGGGACGCUGUCAAAAUGGCGGCACCUGCCAGGUCUCAUAUCGCAACGAAAGUCUGGGCAUUACUUGUAUCUGCCCAUUGGGUUUUGCCGAGUCGCUGUGUGAAAUAAAACUGCCCAAUGCCUGUGAUUCAUCACCCUGCCAGUAUGGCGGGACGUGUAAUCUCAAGACCCUGGAUGAUUACACGUGUGCUUGUGUCAAUGGUUUUACAGGCAAACAUUGCGAUACAAAGAAUAUCUGUGCAACAUCCCCGUGCCACAAUGGCGGUACGUGUACAUCCAUUCCGGGUGUGAGGAACUACAAGUGCAUUUGCCCUGCGGGAUUUAGUGGGCAAACGUGCAGCGAUGAUGUCGAAGAAUGCAACAAUAAUCCCUGUAAGCAUGGCGGAACCUGUGUCAAUACUCAUGGAUCAUAUCAGUGCAUGUGUCCAGCUGGUUAUACUGGUAAAAAUUGUGAAUCGAAAUAUGUUCCAUGCUCGCCGUCACCGUGUCAAAAUGGUGGCACAUGUCGAUCAAACGGUUUAACAUAUGAAUGCAAGUGUCCAGAAGGUUAUCAAGGCAAAAAUUGCGAACAAAAUAUUGAUGAUUGCCCUGGGCAUUUGUGUCAGAAUGGUGGCACCUGUAUUGAUGGCAUUAAUAGUUAUCGAUGUGCCUGCCCGCCCAAUUAUACCGGUGAAAACUGUGAAAAGGAUGUGGAUGAAUGUGCCAUAAGACCCUCCGUAUGCCAAAAUGGUGCUACUUGUACAAACACUCAGGGAUCAUACUCCUGUAUUUGCGUCAAUGGUUGGGCCGGUCCGGAUUGUAGCGAAAAUAUUGAUGAUUGUGUUGCUGCUGCCUGCCUAUACGGAGCCACUUGUAUCGAUGGCGUUGGUUCCUUCUAUUGUCGCUGCUCGCCUGGCAAAACGGGUCUCCUAUGUCAUUUAGACGAUGCAUGUACCUCAAACCCCUGUCAUUCGGAUGCUGUGUGCGAUACAAGUCCCAUUAAUGGGUCAUACACCUGUUCCUGUGCCACUGGCUACAAAGGGGUGGAUUGUUCCGAGGACAUUGAUGAAUGUGAUCAAGGAUCGCCAUGUGAGCACAACGGCGUUUGCGUCAACACCCCAGGCUCAUUUCGCUGCAACUGUUCGCAGGGCUUCACUGGACCACGUUGUGAAACGAAUAUCAAUGAAUGUGAAUCCCAUCCGUGUCAGAAUGAAGGUAGCUGUCUCGAUGAUCCUGGAACCUUCCGCUGUGUAUGCAUGCCUGGCUUCACUGGCACCCAGUGUGAAAUCGAUAUCAAUGAAUGUCAAUCGAAUCCCUGUCUCAAUGGUGGUGUUUGCCACGACAUGAUCAAUGGUUUCAAAUGUUCCUGUGCCAUGGGUUUCACUGGGUCCAGAUGUCAGAUAAACAUCGAUGAUUGCCAAUCUCAGCCAUGCCGUAAUGGUGGAAUAUGCCAUGAUUCCAUAGCUGGUUAUACCUGUGAAUGUCCGCCGGGCUAUACGGGGCUGUCGUGUGAAAUCAACAUCAACGAUUGUGAUUCGAAUCCCUGUCAUCGUGGCAAGUGCAUUGAUGGUGAUAAUCGUUUCACCUGCGUCUGUGAUCCUGGCUUCACGGGGUAUUUGUGCCAGACCCAAAUCAAUGAAUGCGAAUCGAAUCCCUGUCAAUAUGGCGGCCAUUGUGUGGAUCGUGUGGGCUCCUAUGUGUGCCACUGUCUGCCGGGAACAUCGGGCAAGGAUUGUGAAAUCAAUGUCAACGAAUGCCACAGCAAUCCGUGUAACAAUGGAGCCACCUGUAUCGAUGGCAUCAACAAAUACACCUGUCAAUGUGUGCCCGGUUUCACGGGUGUCCACUGUGAAAUAAACAUCAACGAAUGUGCCUCGAAUCCCUGUGCCAACAAUGGUGUCUGCAUGGAUUUGGUGAAUGGCUAUAAAUGUGAGUGCCCAAGGGGCUUCUACGAUUCGCGUUGCCUUAGCGAUGUGGACGAGUGUGCCUCGAAUCCCUGCAUUAAUGGAGGCCGUUGUGAAGAUGGCAUAAAUGAAUUUAUAUGCCACUGUCCUCCCGGCUAUGGUGGCAAACGUUGUGAAAUUGACAUCGAUGAGUGCUCCUCGAAUCCCUGCCAACAUGGUGGCUUCUGUGUCGACGAAUUGAAUGCCUUCAAGUGUCAAUGUAUGCCAGGUUAUACGGGCCUGAAAUGCGAGACAAAUAUCGAUGACUGCAUCAACAAUCCCUGUGCCAAUGGUGGCACCUGUAUCGACAAGGUUAAUGGCUAUAAAUGUGUCUGCAAAGUACCCUACACUGGAGUGGAUUGUGAGUCCAAGCUGGAUCCUUGUGCCACCAAUCGUUGCCGCAAUGAUGCCAAAUGUUCGCCAUCUCCGAAUUUUCUGGAUUUCUCCUGCCGCUGUAAAUUGGGCUACACGGGACGCUAUUGUGAUGAGGAUAUCGAUGAGUGUAAGCUGUCAACCCCGUGCCGUAAUGGUGCCACCUGCCACAAUGUUCCCGGAUCGUAUCGUUGCAUAUGUGCCAAGGGUUAUGAGGGCCAUGAUUGUGCCAUCAACACCGAUGACUGCGCCAUGUUCCCGUGUCAAAAUGGUGGCACCUGUUUGGAUGGCAUUGGUGAUUAUACCUGUCUGUGUGUGGACGGAUUCGAUGGCAAACACUGUGAGACGGACAUCAAUGAGUGUCUGAGUUUACCAUGUCAGAAUGGUGCAACUUGUCGCCAGUAUGUCAACUCCUAUACCUGUACCUGUCCUCUCGGAUUUUCUGGUAUCAAUUGCCAGACCAAUGAUGAAGAUUGUACCGAGAGUUCGUGUAUGAAUGGUGGCACCUGCAUUGAUGGCAUCAAUAGCUACAACUGUUCCUGUCUGCCAGGUUACACGGGUUCCAAUUGCCAAUAUAAGAUCAACAAAUGCGACUCCCAGCCGUGUCAAAAUGGUGCUACAUGUCAUGAAAAUGGUGAUGAGUACACAUGCCACUGUUCCUAUGGCUAUACGGGCAAACAGUGUACCGACUAUGUCGACUGGUGCCACAAGUCACCCUGUGAGAAUGGAGCCACCUGUACCCAGGUUAGAAAUCAAUUCAGUUGUCGUUGCGCCCCUGGAUGGACGGGUAAAUUGUGUGAUGUGGAAAUGGUCUCGUGUAGUGAUGCUGCCAUCCGCAAGGGAGUAUCCUUGGAACAGUUGUGCAACAAUGGCACCUGUAAGGAGCACGGCAACAUACAUCGGUGCUACUGCAAGCAGGGCUAUACCGGAAGCUAUUGCCAACAGGAAAUCAAUGAAUGUGAAUCACAGCCUUGUCUGAAUGGUGGCACUUGUCGGGAUCUGAUUGGUUCAUAUGCCUGUAGCUGUCGCAAAGGUUUCCAAGGCCAGAACUGUGAACUGAACAUUGAUGAUUGCUCGCCGAAUCCUUGUCAAAAUGGUGGAACCUGCCACGAUUUGGUCAACACAUUCAGCUGUAGUUGCCCUCCUGGAACGGCUGGCUUGAUUUGUGAGGUAAAUGAAAAUGACUGCAAGCGUGGAUCGUGUCACAACAAUGGAACCUGUAUCGAUCGUGUGGGUGGUUUUGAGUGUGUUUGUCCUCCUGGUUUUGUGGGCUCCCGUUGUGAGGGAGAUAUUAAUGAAUGUCUCUCAAAUCCUUGCUCCAACGCUGGCACCUUGGACUGCGUCCAAUUGGUCAAUAACUAUCACUGCAACUGUAAACCCGGCUACAUGGGAAGACAUUGUGAAAACAAAGUGGAUUUCUGUGCCAAUUCCCCCUGCCAGAAUGGUGGCAUAUGCUCACCGAAACAGGGUGGCCAUCAUUGCCUGUGCACCGAAGGUUUCUAUGGCAAAAAUUGUGAAUUCUCUGGCCACGACUGUGAUUCGAAUCCCUGCCAAGCGGGCACCUGUGUAAUCGAUGAUGGUGGCGGUUAUCGCUGUGAAUGUCCCCGUGGUACGGAAGGUCGUCACUGUGAACGUGACACCAUGGAUGAGUGUACCCCCAAUCCCUGCCUACAAGGAGCUGCCUGUGACAAUUUGCUAGGAGAUUUCGUGUGCUUCUGCCCGGCCAAAUGGAAUGGCAAACGUUGUGAAAGCUAUGACCCAAAUUAUCCUGGCUGGGUAAUGGAUCCUUCGCGUGGUCUACAAAACAAGUACUCCAAGGAUUUGGAAUAUCAACGGGAAAUGUGCAUAAAGCGAGGAUGUGAGGAGAAGAAGGGCAAUCACGUCUGCGAUCCUGAGUGCAACACCUAUGCCUGUAACUUUGAUGGCAAUGACUGUUCGUUGGGCAUUAAUCCCUGGGUUAACUGUACCGCCACCAUACAAUGCUGGCAGGUCUUCAUGGAUGGUAAAUGUAAUGAGGAAUGCAACAACGCCGCCUGUCUCUAUGAUGGUCGAGAUUGUGAGAAGAAGUUGCAGCCAUGUAACCCGGUCUAUGAUGCCUACUGUUCUAAGCAUUACGCCAAUGGAUUCUGCGAUUAUGGUUGUAACAAUGCCGAAUGUAACUGGGAUGGUUUGGAUUGUGAAAAUGAGGCGGAACCACCCAAUUUGGCUGAUGGUGCCAUAUCGGUUGUGGUACUCAUGGAUGUGAAACAGUUUAGGGAACAACAAGUGGUCUUUUUGAGAGAAAUGGGCCAUCAUCUGCGAACCACGGUGCGAAUUAAAAAGGAUCCCCUGGGCAAUGAUAUGAUCUUUUCGUGGAAGGGCACCCAACCCAUCAACGAUAUCCAGAAUACCGAUUUUGGACGUAAAAAUAAGAUUCUCUUCACAGAACGCAUUGGCCAGACCGGCAUACAGGUGUAUUUGGAAAUUGAUAAUCGCAAGUGUACCGAGUGUUUCUAUCGUGCCGCCGAAGCUGCUGAAUUCUUGGCUGCCUCUGCUUCGAAAUAUACCCUAUCCUCGAAAUUCCCCAUCUACAGUGUGAGAGGUGUACAAAAUCCUGGCGAGGAUAUGAUUGAAACACCCACCAAUGUGAAAUAUGUUACGCUGGGCAUAAUUUUGGUUGUCUUGGCCUUUGCCUUGUUCGGUGUCUUGGUGACCACACAACGUAAGAGAGCUGCUGGCAUCACCUGGUUCCCUGAGGGAUUCCGCACCCCCACCAUUAAUCCCCAACGUAGACGCCGCGAUCCCACCGGCCAGGAGAUGAGAAAUUUAAAUAAAAAUCCCUCCAUGGCCUGCAUGAGCAAUGAUGUGAACAUGAAUUCAGGGCACAUGGGUCAUGCUCCCCAAUGGUCGGAUGAUGAAUCGGAUAUGCCACAACCCAAACGGCUGCGUAACGAUCAUGGAGGCUAUGCCAGUGAUCAUACCAUGGUUACGGAUUAUGAGGAAGCAGAUAAUCGUGUUUGGUCCCAGGCCCAUUUGGAUGUGGCCGAUGUACGUUCCUCAAUCAUGACACCCCCGGCGCAUCAGGAUGGCAAACAUGAUGUGGAUGUUCGUGGUCCCUGUGGCAUGACACCCCUUAUGGUGGCUGCUGUGCGCGGUGGUGGCAUUGACAAUGGUGAAGACAUUGAAAAUUCCGAUGAUACCACAGCCCAAGUUAUUUCUGAUCUAUUGGCUCAGGGUGCGGAGUUGAAUGCCACCAUGGAUAAGACUGGUGAAACAUCCCUCCAUUUGGCUGCCCGUUAUGCCCGAGCCGAUGCUGCCAAGAGACUUUUGGAUGCUGGAGCCGAUGCAAAUUGCCAGGAUAAUACAGGACGUACCCCUCUACAUGCCGCUGUGGCUGCUGAUGCCAUGGGUGUUUUCCAAAUUCUGCUGAGAAAUCGUGCCACCAAUUUGAAUGCCCGCAUGCAUGAUGGUACCACUCCCCUGAUUUUGGCUGCCCGCCUGGCCAUUGAAGGCAUGGUCGAAGAUUUAAUUACUGCCGAUGCUGAUAUAAAUGCUGCCGACAAUUCGGGUAAAACUGCCCUACACUGGGCCGCUGCCGUCAACAACACCGAAGCCGUCAAUAUUCUACUUAUGCAUCAUGCCAAUCGCGAUGCUCAGGACGAUAAAGAUGAAACACCCUUGUUCCUGGCUGCCCGUGAGGGCUCCUACGAAGCCUGCAAGGCAUUGCUGGAUAACUUUGCCAAUCGUGAAAUUACCGAUCACAUGGAUCGCCUGCCACGCGAUGUUGCCUCGGAACGUCUACAUCACGACAUUGUACGCCUGCUGGACGAACAUGUACCACGCUCACCCCAAAUGCUGGCCAUGACCCCACAAACAAUGAUUGCCUCACCGCCACCCGGAAGCCAACCUCAAAUGAUUACCCAGCCAACUGUGAUUGCAGCCGGUAAAACCUCAAAGGCUGCACAAAAUAAGGCAGCCAAGAAGGCCAAACUCUUGGAGGGCAGUCCCGACAAUCUACUCGACAAUGGCGGCAGCCUCAGACGUAAACCGAGUUCAAAAAAGGGUUUAGGCCACCAGCCGGCCUCAAAAAAGGGAGCAAACAGCAACAACAGCAGCAACCUUACGGCAUCACAGUUGCUGAAUGGGCUGGCUGGUGGGCCGACGGCGCAGGGCCCCGGUUCGGUGGAGAGCCAUCAACAACAACAGCUGCUGGAUGCAGCUCUCAGUUCGGUGGAUUCGCCGCCGCCGACGGCGCUCACAAGUCAGCCGAGUCCCUACGAUGCCACGUCGAUGUAUUCGAACGCCAUGAACGGGGGCGGCGGCCCCAACAAUCAUCACAACGAUCUGCUGGGGAGCAACAAUGUGAAGCACCCACCGAGCUAUGAGGAUUGUGUUAAGAAUGCCCAAUCCAUGCAGUCUUUGAUACCCCAGCAAAGCCAUGACAUGAUCAAAAUGGAAAACUAUGGCUAUUCCAUGGGUUCGCCGUUUCAUCAGGACCUCAUGAAUGGCAAUCCCAAUAACAACAGUGGUUUAAAUGGCAACAAUGUCAUGGGUGGCCAUGAACAGGGUCUGAGUCCACCCUAUUCCAAUCAAUCGCCACCGCAUUCGGUGCAGUCGAAUAUGGCCUUGUCACCGCAUGCCUAUUUGGGAUCUCCUUCACCUGCCAAAUCACGUCCCAGUUUACCCACAUCACCCACCCAUAUGCAGGCCAUGCGCCAUGCCACCCAACAAAAACAGUUUUGUGGCAGUAAUUUAAACACCCUGUUGGGUGGCGGUGGCAACACCAAUGGCAACGGUGUGGCAAGCGGUGCUUCCACAAUGCAGACCCAGAAUUCACCCAACAGCAUGAAUUUCCAAACACCUAGCAGUCAAAAUUCGCCAGUUAGUUUGGGCAUUAUUUCGCCAACUGGCAGUGAUAUGGGUAUUAUGAUGGCUUCCCAGCAACAACAGCAGCAGCAACAACAAAUGCAACAACAACAGCAGCAACAGCAGAAUAAGAAUAGUGCAAUAUUACAAUCGAUGCAACAACAACAACAGCAGCAGCAGCAACAACAACAGCAAAUGGGUAAUAACAAUGGAGGUGGUGGCGGUAUCGAUUUCAGUUCAGCAGGCUUGGACUUGAAUAGUUUUUGUGGAUCACCAGACUCAUUUCACUCGGGCCAAAUGAAUCCACCAUCCAUACAAAGUUCAAUGUCAGCCUCAUCACCGUCAACAGCCAACAUGUUGUCACCAUCAUCACAGCACAAUCAGGCCUUCUAUCAGUACCUGACGCCGCCUAGCCAACAUUCGGGCAGUCAUACGCCCCAGCACAUGGUACAAACCUUGGAUAGCUAUCCAACGCCAUCACCCGAAUCUCCAGGCCAUUGGUCAUCAUCGUCGCCGCGUUCCGAUUGGUCAGAGGGUGUACAAUCGCCGGGUGCCAAUAAUCUCUAUAUAUCGGGUGGCCAUCAGGCCAACAAAGGAUCCGAGGCCAUUUACAUUUGACAAUGAAAGUAAAAAGGGAGUUUUCCACACCUACAGUUUACUCUCUAUGGAACAUGGAAGUAGUGUGGGUAUUUAUCACCACCAGACAGAUGGAUGUAUGGAUGAUAAUACCUUUUUGAAAUGCUAAAUGCAAAGAGACUUAUUUUAAUUUUAGGUGAAUAUUUAAACGAAAAUGAAGGCAUAUAAAUAAAUAAAUUUAAAAUACUUAGCACUGUAAGGACCACAUAUGUAUGUAGAUUAUUAUAUAGAUAAAAGUCGCCCGGGGUGCUCUGUUUCAAAAACAGAGUCCCGGGGACUGAGUUAAGUAACCAAGAAACAAACAAACAAACGAAAAAAGCCAUAAUUUGUAAGCUUAACAGACAGAUUUGCACGACGACAAACCAGACAGAAACACAACAUAAGCCUUUUACAUAUGCACACAUAUGUAUGUAUGCGGAACUUAUGAAAAAAGAAAUCAGCUUGAAACAAUGAAACUCAUUUGAGAAUCUCUUUGAAACUAACCAACAAAUCCUCGAAUACAAGGAACAAAUAUUAUGCACAGUCUCUCCCUACCCACAUUUCGUUUUGUUUAGCAUUCUCUCCACCCCCCUUCUUAAAAAAAAAUGCAAAUAAAUAAAUUGUAUAAAUAUUUUUGUUUUAUCAUUUCGAUAAUUAAGCUUUAAAUUAAAAACUAAAAUUAAUUUUAAACAUUUAUAUUUUUAUGAAUUCUCCAACAAACUGUAGAAGACAAAUUUCUUGAAAUUAGAAUCUUAAAAAAUUAUAUUUACAUUAUUCUACCACUCCCCCCACCCCCACACCCAACUCGACUACAUUAGUAAGUUUUUCAUUUAGAUUCGGUUUAGUUUAAUAAUAAACUAAGAAUAUUGUUUUUAAUUAUUACAAUUUAUGUAAGUGGAAUCUAAUUAAUAAAAUAAUAAAAAAAAAGACAAAAAACUGAAAACUAUUGCUUCCAACUCAAGAGGGCCGGCGGUUACAGCUGGCCAUUUACUUAGUUAAAAAAAAUAUCAUAAUACAAACAAAAUGCCAGUUAUAAAAGUAAUGAUAACAUAUAUCCUAAUAAGAAGAUAGUUUUUUUAAAUAUAUAUAUUUUUUAUAAUUUUUAUUCGCGUGUAAAAAGUAUCUCAAGACAAAAGAAAAAAAAACAGAAUACCUUAAAUUUUAAGUUUAUUUUAUCAACAAAUGUAAGAUUGAAACGAACGAAAAAAACGCCUUUUAUUUUGUAUUUUUUUCUUAAAAAACAUGUUGUAUAUUGUAAAAUUGUAUUUUGUCUCUCGUAUUAUUCCCCCAUGCCGCCAAUUGGUUCUUAAUUCAUUUAGUUUACAAUUUCUUUUUUUAAAUUGUAAGUUUUAUAAAACAAACGAAAAUGCCCCCAUCCCCAAGUAAGACAUAACACAUAAGAAACAACAAAACAAAUGAAGACAAAUUUAAAAAAUAGUUUUUUUCUCUCUCUCGAUUUAAUAAUAAUAAUUAUUAUUAUUUUUAAUUAAUAUUUAAUUUUUGAUAAUCGUACAUCUCUCUUUUUUUAGUGACUAAGGCAUUUUAUAUAAAUAUACACACGCAUAUGUUUUUAAUUUGCAUUUCCAGCCACCUAGACCCCACCCCACAAGACAGCCAAUCAAGUUAAUAUUUAUAAAGAAAAAGGAAU